AUUACAAGGUUCUAAUAAAAUAAGAGUUCUACCUAAAAAAUCUCAAAUAGAGAAGAUACUGCAAAAACUUAUAAGCAAAGAUAAUAAUUAUACACGUGACAAUAGGAUAAAAGAAAUGAAAUCCUAUGAAGGAUCAUCAGUAAAUUGGGAAGUAAAUGGUGAGGAAAAUAUAAUUCAGUUUUUAAAAAAAUUGAUUCAAAUGCUUGGGAAGAUGUAG